AUGGCCACGCCGGCCCUCGCCGGCUUCUCCGUGAUGAGUCUGCUCAGUCUCGGAUACCUGACGUGGAACUGGACGAGCCCGAAUCAGGUGGAGAACGAGUCCGGUCCGAAGUUCGGAGGCAGGUCGCCGGCGGUACCGCAGCCACCUCACAUCGUCUUCAUCAUGACAGACGACCAGGGGUUCAACGAUAUCGGAUACCACAGCUCUGACAUCAAGACGCCGACGCUGGACAAACUGGCCGCUGACGGAGUCAAGCUGGAGAACUAUUACAUCCAGCCCAUCUGCACCCCGUCCCGCAGCCAGCUCAUCACCGGCAGGUACCAGAUCCAUACGGGCUUACAGCACUCUAUUAUCCGGCCCCGCCAGCCCAGCUGCCUACCUUUUGAUCAGAUCACCCUCCCUCAGAGACUGCAGGAGAUCGGAUACUCCACCCACAUGGUGGGCAAGUGGCAUCUGGGCUUCUACAAGAAGGAGUGCUUGCCCACUCGGCGUGGCUUCGAUAGCUACUUUGGCUCCCUGACAGGCAGUGUGAACUACUACACCUAUGAGUCCUGUGAUGGCCCAGGGGUCUGUGGCUUCGACCUCCACGAGGGGGAGACGGUGGCUUGGGAUCGUGGGGGGAAAUACUCCACCCAUCUCUACACUCAGAGGGUCCGCAAGAUCCUGGCAGCCCACGACCCUCAUGCCCAGCCACUGUUCAUCUUCCUCUCCUUCCAGGCAGUGCACACACCCCUGCAGUCACCGCGGGAGUACAUCUACCCGUACCGCCGACUGGGCAAUGUGGCACGCAGGAAGUAUGCUGCCAUGGUCUCAGCGGUGGAUGAGGCCGUACGUAAUGUGACCUAUGCCCUCCGCAAAUAUGGCUUCUACCAAAACACUGUCAUGAUCUUCACCACUGACAACGGCGGCCAGCCUUUGUCUGGGGGCAGUAAUUGGCCCCUGAGAGGACGCAAGGGUACCUACUGGGAGGGUGGCGUCAGGGGGCUGGGAUUUGUCCACAGCCCUCUGCUGAGGAGGAAGAGGAGGGUGAGUAAGGCCCUGGUACACAUCACUGACUGGUAUCCCACGCUGGUAGGAUUGGCAGGGGGCAAUGCAUCUUUGACAGAGGGACUGGAUGGGUAUGAUGUGUGGGGGGCUAUCAGUGAGGGGAAGGAGUCACCCCGAUUGGAGAUCCUUCACAACAUUGACCCACUCUACAACCUAGCCCGCAGUGGGUCUCUGCAGAGAGGAUAUGGUAUCUGGAAUACAGCCAUCCAGGCCUCCAUACGUGCCGGGGACUGGAAACUCCUGACUGGAGACCCUGGCUAUGGAGACUGGACCCCACCGCAGAUGCUUCCAGGUUUCCCAGGUGGCUGGUGGAACCUGGAGCGUCAUGCUGAGCCACACAAGUCUGUGUGGCUGUUUAACAUCUCUGGGGAUCCCUAUGAACGUCAUGACUUGGCUGAGCAGAGACCCGACGUGGUCAAAGAGCUGUUGGCAAGACUGGCAUAUUACAACCGCACCGCAGUGCCGGUGCGGUACCCGCUGGAGGAUCCUCGGGCCGACCCCGAUCUAAAUGGAGGAGCGUGGGGACCUUGGGUGGGGGACGGGGAAGAGGAUAACUGGGAUGGCGUCUACCUCAGAAAGAAUAAGAAUGGAAAGCAAAAACAAAAACUCAAGCUGUCUAAAACCAAAUCUUUUUUCAGGAGACUCAACACCAGGAUCAUGUCCAACAGGAUAUAG